UGGGAAACCAGGACGGAAGGCGAUGUCGUUCCAGACGUUGUUGGCGAAGGCACUGAGCGAAGAUGAAGAGGACGUCCCGAGCAGCGGGUCCAUGUAUGAAGACGGUUCGGACUCGGACGAGGCGUACGAAGAGGACGAAGAGGACCAGAAGGGAUCGUCUCUCAAACGAAAAGCUCCAUCGAAGGAGUUGACGAUGGAAGACGAGGAUAACUCGGACCUCGAGCGUCAACUCUGGGGAAGGAAACGAGGCGCUUCACGGCGACGCAGUCGGCGGCGACGGGUCAAGAAUCCCGUUCCGCCCGAAUACUCUGAGCUCAUGGGGGAAGCAAAUGCCGCGUACAUUUCUGGCGACCAUGACAAAGCCAUUUCAAUGCUCAAGGAUUUUGUUAAGAAAGCACCGACUGUCCCCGAUCCAUACCACACGUUGGGCGUGAUCUACGAGAAGAUGGAGCACAGAGCGAAAGCGAUUCAGUUCUACUUGAUCGCUUGUUCGUUGACGCCAUCGGAUGCAGGGCUAUGGCGUCGCGUGGGUGGGAUGGCUAAGGACGAAGGCAUCGCGGACCAGGCGCUCUUCUGCUUCAAAAUGGCAACUCAGGCAGACCCAAAAGAUAUCGACACCCUCUACAUCUACGCAGACAUGUGCAAGGAAGGCGGCGACCACCGCCGAGCCGCGGAGACCCUCAAGAAGAUCGCCAACUUGACACCGACCGAUUUGUCCGUGUGGCUCCAAGUGGCAGAGUGCUAUCACGCCAACAGCCAGGACGACGAAGCCAUUGACGCGUUGCUGAAGUGCAUUCAGAACGCUUCCACGCACCCCGACGAUGCAUCUCAAUUUGAAAUGCAUGCGGUGAACAUGGUGUCGGACUUGUAUAUUACCCUGAAGCGAUACCAACCUGCCGUGGAAGCCAUUGAGGCAAUGCACCAUCGCAACCACCCUGGUGCUCCCCUGGACGAGGAGAGUUUGCCCCUCGACAUUGCUGUCAAGUAUGGAAUCUGCCAGCUCCACAUGGGCCACCUCGCGACGGCGCAGCCCAUGUUUGACGCUCUAUUUCACCACGAAGUCGACGUGUACGGCGAUUUGUACAUCGACGUUGCGGAAGCGUACGUGGCGGCUGGCGAGUCGCACGACCGCACCGCCAUUGACAUUUUGCAAAACGUACUGCUUUGCCCAACAUUUGCCAACGACAAAGUCUUUUCGAUGAUGGCACGCGCGUACAAGCGCCAGGGCGUGCUCGACACGGCACUGCAGUUUUACGACCAAGCUCUCGCGUUCCAGAGUGGUGAAGGGGGCAAGGCCGAUCCAGACCUGGCCCUGGAAGCAAUGCACAUUUGCCUCGACACUGACGCGGCAGCACGCGGCCUCGCAUUCUUCCGCUUUGUCAAGGACGCUGUCCUUCUCCCUCCGAUUCGACCGUACUGGGCGACAGCCCCCACGUCUACCGCAGCAAAACCGGACGACGAUCAGGACCAGGAUGUCCCGACGGACGACGACGACGAAGACGACGAAGACGACGACACGAGUGCGACGGACGCGGGCGACGAGAUUGGAUUUUCAGAAGACGCCAUGGACAACGUGGUUCGACUGAAGCUGUUUCUCGUGUAUGGCCGCCUGCAGUGGCGAAAUGGAGUCCCGGACACCAUGGUCAAAAUUGGCCUCCCGCUCUUGUUGCUGUCGUUGCAACAAAAUUCUCGUCUCUUGGGCCGCAAGUCGCUCCUUCGCCGCAUACAUAGAUACUACGACAGCAAGUCGGCGGAAGCCCGGGACUUGGACCGAUUCAACAUGACGCAUUCCCACGUCCUGUCUGCGAUGAAGGACUCGUACUUGGCAAACCCGAGCGACCCGACGUCACGGGACACCGUUGUUGGCGUCGUCAUGCGCGUGACAGAGCAGGUGCUCGUCGACAGGGCCUUUACACCGCAUGAAUACGUGGCCAUGGUGCACGAUGUCGCAAGGGCGCUGUGUGACGUGGGCAAACACAUUUGUGCUGUCGAGUUGCUCAUUGACGUCAACUGCAGCAACAAAGUCGCCGACGGCAACCUCCGAUUUGAGCUGCGGUUCUUGGCGCUGACGAUCGCCCUGACGCACAAGGAGAAUCGCAUGGCGUACGAGUGUGUACGCCUCAAUAUUCUAGAAGAACCAGAGAACGUGGGGUACUGGAAUUUGUUUGGCCAUGUCAUCAACCAGACGGGCGUGUUUUCCUGGCACCAAAAGUUCCUCGUAUCGUAUAUAUCACACGUUGAGAGCUCGACCAGAUAUCGACACGUGUAGGCCAAGGUGCUGCGCCAGCACCCCAAGUGCUACCCUGCGAUGGUCCUCGCGGGGCUCCACUCGUCCGCGAGCGAUUCGGCGCAGCUGGCGGUGGGCGAACUCACCCUCGCGCACUUGCAGAGGCCAGAAGACCCGCUCGCCCUCUUUUGCAUUGGGCUGAGCUACCUCAACAUGUCGAUGUUUCGAACGGUCGUGGACCGGCAAAUGACCGUCGCCAAGGCGUUUGCGUUUUUGCAGCUCUACCAGCAAACGCGUUUCAAGCAACUCGAAGCCAACUCGAUCGGACUCACGUCCGAGUUGGGCCAGGUCGAGAGCUGGUACAACAUCGGGCGCGCCUACCACCAACUGGAACUGAACCACCUUGCCAUUGCCAUGUACGAGCGCGUGCUGCGAUUCUACCAAGGCAAGCAAGUCGCGCCAGAGUAUCAGCUGUGCCGAGAAACCGCGUACAAUUUGUCGUUGAUAUACAAGCAAAGCGGCGCCACCGACCUCGCCAGCUACCUGCUGCACACGUAUUUGACUGUGGAGUAACCCGUUUCAAAUGCAAGUGGUGUCGCCCGAGAUGGCAU